AUGGGUGACUGGGAUCUCCUCGGCCGGCUCCUGGACAAAGUGCAGAAACACUCGACUGUAGUUGGGAAGAUCUGGCUGACUGUGCUGUUUGUCUUCAGGAUACUUGUCCUCGGAGCGGGUGCUGAGAAAGUGUGGGGUGACGAGCAGUCCGAUUUCAUCUGCAACACGCAACAACCUGGCUGUGAAAAUGUCUGCUACGACCAUGCAUUCCCAAUCUCACACAUUCGCUUCUGGGUGCUGCAGAUUAUCUCAGUGUCUGCUCCUACUCUAGUCUACCUGGGCCAUGUCCUGCACAUUAUAAAUGAGGAGAAAGGCAUGAGAGAAGCUAUGAAGAAAGCCCAGUAUGAUCAAGCUAACAUGUCCCAUAGGAAAGGCCUUAAAUUUCCCAAAUACAGCAAUGACAAAGGAAGAGUCAGCAUCCACGGUCGUCUGCUGAGAAGCUAUGUUUUGAAUUUGCUCUGCAAGAUCUUGCUGGAGGUCGGAUUCAUUUUAGGACAGUAUUACCUUUAUGGCUUUACACUUCAGGCUCAGUACGUAUGUAGUCGCUUCCCAUGUCCUCACAAAGUCGACUGUUACCUGUCAAGACCAACAGAGAAAAACAUCUUUAUUUGGUUUAUGAUGGUGGUGUCCUGCGUGUCACUGCUGCUGAACCUCAUUGAGGUCUUAUACCUGUUUUUCAAGAUGGUCAACGAGUGCCUGACCCGUAAGCGCAACUACAAUGUAACCUCUGUGACCCCGGUUUUGACAAAAAAAACAUUUGAAAACAAAGACCACAUUAUACAGAACUGGAUGAAGCGUGAGCUACAUCUUCAGAAAAGGGAUGCUGUCCAUGAGGUGGGCAAGCUCUCGAUUUUGGAAGACUACAACAGCAAUGACGUGGAAGAAGUUCAUAUCUGAGCUUUGUAAACAGAACCAUUCUGAAGACCAACAGACACAAAUAUCAGUCAGACUGAGCAGCUGUGUAUUUUGAUUUGGACACACUGUAUGGCCAAAAUACUGUAUGUGGACACCCGUCCAUCACAGCCCUAUGUAUUUGUCGAAAAUCACAUUCCAAAAUCCUACUUCAUGGGAAUUAACAUGGAUUUGGUUUCUCCGCUUCUGCUUUAAAAGCCUCCAUUCUUCUUGGAAGGCUUUUCACUAGAUUAUGGAGUAUGAUUUUGGAAAUUUGUGCUCCAUUCAUUCACAAGAACAUUAGUGAGAUUGGGGACUGAUGUCACCAGAGAUUCGCUGGAGCACAUUCACAGUUUGAAUGUGUCCAGUGGGGGUUAAGUCAGUUAUUCCAGUCCAACCUUGGCAAACCGUGUUUUCAU